AUGCAGAUCAUGGAAGGCAACGGCAAAAUUGGCUGCCCGGUUUGCUCGGCCGAAAUACAUGGCAACGAUGUCUACGGACUACUAGAGGGAAAUAAGCCAAUUCUGGAUCGAUAUGAAAAGCUAUCGCUGCGACGAGCUUUGGCUGAAAACCCUAAUAUGCGGUGGUGCCCGGCACCGGACUGUGACUACGGAGUACUGGCAGAGAACUGCGACCGGUGUCCGUUAUUGUACUGUCAAAGAAAAGGUUGUGAGACGAGUUUCUGCUAUAUCUGCAGGCAGCAGAAGAUCGAUGACCGCUGCAAUUACAUGGUGUGCUCGGUUUGCGGAUCAAACUUCUGCUGGUUGUGUGCGAGAGAGACCGGUGGAGGCCAUUUCAUUUUUCCUUCUGGCUGCCCGUUAUGGGGCAAGAAACGCUGGUCGAAAACACAGCGGCUGUUCUGGUUAGUCGCAACCAUUAUAGUUUCGCCCGCUGUACUAGCGCUAGAGGUCACAGGCACAAUCCUCGUCGCUCUAUUCGUUUUGCCGACAUUUGUGUUCAUCAACAAGUUCGCCCACUUAAAGCAAUCCUCAGCUCUGAAAUCAUCUGCAACAGCUGCUGCGGCAUUUCUUGGCCAACUUGCGUUAGCGCCAGUAUUCUCCGCAUUGGCAGUGAUGAAUGAACUCGUAGGUUACUUCAAGUACGUGCUUCGAUGCAUCGGUGACCUGUCGAAUUAG